GCGCGGGCAGCCGCUCGCCCCCGCCCCGUGCCGCCCGCGCGCAACAGUUCCCCCAAAGUUGCAGCCCGGGAGGCGGGCGCGCCCGGGCGGCCGAGGGGCGGGCAGCCGGCCGGGCACGCGGCAUCACGGCCCCGCGCGGACCGUGCGGGCGGGCGGCGGCGGCAUGGGCACCCGGCAGACCAAGGGCAGCCUGGCGGAGAGAGCCAGCCCCGGCGCGGCGCCCGGCCCCCGCCGCGAACGGCCCGACUUCUGGGCGUCUCUGCUGCUGCGCGCCGGGGACAAGGCGGGGCGCGCGGGCGCGGGGCUGCCCCCCUACCACCGGCGCGUCGGCAUGGUCCAGGAGCUGCUGCGGAUGGUGCGCCAGGGCCGGCGGGAGGAGGCGGGGACGCUGCUGCAGCACCUGCGCCAGCAGGAGCCGGAAGAAACGAACAUUGUGGGAAAAGAGCUAAAAGCUACAAAAAGAGGCCAAGCUGAAAUGAGGAAAAAAACAACAGGUCAGGUGCACCAUCCCUCUUCCCCCUGGAAAGAGUCCCCAAACCUGCUUCUGCAAGCUCAGAUAGCAUGGAUACUCCACUUACGUGAGAUGGACUUGGGCAUGGAAUCAACCUCACUCGAUGAUGUCCUGUAUCGCUACGCAAGCUUCAGGAACCUGGUGGACCCCAUCACUCACGAUCUCAUCAUCAGCCUGGCCCGCUACAUCCACUGCCCCAAGCCGGAAGGCGACGCACUGGGGGCCAUGGAGAAGCUGUGCAGGCAGCUGACAUACCACCUCAGCCCCCACUCCCAGUGGAGGCGGCACCGGGGGCUGAUGAAGAGGAAGCCGCAGGCCUGCCUCAAGGCUGUCCUGGCUGGGAGCCCUCUGGACAACACUGUGGACCUGUCAGGCAUCCCGCUGACCUCCCGGGACCUGGAGCGGGUGACCAGCUACCUGCAGCGCUGCGGGGAGGAGGUGGAUAGCGUGGAGCUGGGCUUCACAGGCCUCACAGAUGACAUGGUCCUGCAGCUGCUGCCAGCACUCAGCACACUGCCCCGCCUCACCACGCUAGCCCUCAACGGCAACUGGCUGACCCGGGCUCUGCUGCGUGACCUCACAGACACCCUGAAAGACCCUGGCAAGUUCCCCAACGUCACGUGGAUCGACCUGGGCAACAACGUGGACAUCUUCUCAUUGCCUCAGCCCUUCCUGCUCAGCCUGCGCAAGCGUUCCCCAAAGCAGGGCCACCUACCCACCAUCCUGGAGCUGGGUGAGGGCCCCAGCGCUGGGGAGGAGGCCCGGGAUGGGACAGUGAGCCGGGAAGACCAUGGAGGGGGCUGUCUGGCCCCUGUUGAGGAAGAGGGCAAGGAGACUGCAGGCGCAGCUCAGACGUGACAUGGACGUGAGGACCUCCCCAGGCAGUCCCUGUGGGGUAGGUGGCCGAGGCAGGCUAGUGGGUCCUACUGUGGAGCUCAGGCUCUCACCCAGACUCAGCCUGGGCAGCCCACCUGUGGGAAGCCAGACGGCAGCAUCUAGGAGAGGGACUGUAGACUUCUUUGAUCCUCCCCAUCUCCCCCCUUGCCAAUCCCAUUAUCUUUGGCUCCUGAGGAAUCAGCCUCCCCAUCCUUGUGGGUAGUGUUAAUGCUUAGAAAUGCUCCAAGUUUGGGCCAACCUGAGUGGUCUAGAGCCUUCUCCCAAGUGUAGGUCAGACCCUGCAUCUAACCCAGGACUUCCCAAUUCUUUAUUAUAUUUGUUCUAUUCAAGGCAGCAAACUCCAGCCAGAUGCUAAAUGUACCCCUGCUCAGGGUCGGUUGGAAUCUUAACUCCUGGCUGAAGGUUAAGGAAGAGGUGGCUGCCAGAGAUCCCAGGAGCCUAGUCCCCAUCUGGACUAAAGGCUGUUUACCUCCUCCCUGUGGAAACCUGGGCUCUUUGAACUUUCCCAUCUCAGCUCCCAUUUGAGACCCACCCCUUGACCCGUGAUGCAGAAGGCCUGCCCGAGACUAGCCACACUAUAUACACCAUUCAGUAUUUAGAACAUCCUAAGGUGCCUGUACAGUCAUGCACGGAAAGGCCCACUCAGAAACCCACACCAUCCCUAAGACCACCAGACCUGCACAUGGGCCCCAGUGUUGCCAGUAUGUAGACCAGAGUGAGCUUUGCUUCCUUAUAAAAGGCUUUUCUUAAGAACCCUUUUCUCAAAAUUCCUCCUCAUGGGGUUCCUGAAGUAACACUUGGGGAACAUUCCCAAAAACCUAUGAAAGGCUCUUAAAAACCCAAGACCAUGAAGGUGAGGUCGGUAACACCUCCCCGAACUCUUUGCAGUCUAGUGCCUCCAAGACAUCUGCAGAUGUGAAAAACAAAACUGGGGAGGUUCCCAAGGGGAAUGCAAAGAUUUUCACCCUUUACCCAAGGCUUACGAACUUUCAAAAACCUUUUUUGGGCACACUAAGCACUAGACUUUAGUAUAGACACCAAGUUCAGGAAGAUAGAAAACAAGUCUGAGCCAGAGAAAAGCCAGCCCAGGUACCCAAAGUUGGUGAGCCAGAACCCCUCAGGACAACAUUAGCAGACAGCUAGGGAAGCAGCCUCAUGCCAGGUAGGUAAUAAGAUGCCAAUGCAGGCAGGUAGCAAGCAGAGCUAGGUUGAAGGCCCAUCUGCAGGCCACACCUGCCACUGCGUAAGGUUUUGGCCAGGCAAAGCAGGAGCUUCAGGAGGUAGACUAUGCAAAGAAUACAGCCCAGAGGCAACAGGGACUGGAGUCAAGGGUGUGAACACCUUAAGUGCUUUGAAACUUUUACCCUCAAAGUCUGAAAUUGUUACAGCGAGAACAGCUUAGCCUGACCAUAGGAAAGCUGACAAAUGCUAAUACCUGGACUGCUUUUAUCUGACAGCAGGAAUCAAAUUUAACAUUUUCUUCAAAUACACAUUUUUAAGAAAUA